AUGCACGGUCCCGAUAUUAGUGAUUUGGAUUUGCCAGAUCUUACUUUAUACCCAUCAACAACUGGAUAUUCAGAAUAAAAGCGUUGUUUCAAAUAAUGUGUAAAAGAUAUGUCCAUCUCUUAUUUGAACAUUGAUGAAGAAUCCUGUUCAAAAAAUUGCUUAUCCAAAUAUUUGCAAGCUUAAAUAUUCUUAUCAUAAAAGAUGACUAAUGCUUUAACUCAACUUGUAACCUAGGAUCCCUCCAUAAAAAUAGCAUUUAAAAAGCCUUAUAAAUUGCCAGAAUAAUGA